GACGCCAUUGGCUGGAGGCGGCCGGGCGGCGUUCUCGCGAGAGUCGCCGCUUGCCCGCGCGAGCCAGUGGGGCGGAGCGGCCUGGCGUCGAGGUCCGGGCGGCGGCGGAGGCUGAGGCGACGGGUUCGCUCGUGAGGGACAAGAAUGAGUUAUGCGGAAAAACCCGAUGAAAUCACGAAAGACGAGUGGAUGGAAAAACUCAAUAAUUUACACAUCCAGAGAGCUGACAUGAACCGCCUCAUCAUGAACUACCUUGUUACAGAGGGCUUUAAAGAAGCUGCAGAGAAAUUUCGGAUGGAGUCUGGGAUUGAGCCCAGUGUUGAUUUAGAGACUCUGGAUGAAAGAAUAAAAAUUCGAGAAAUGAUCCUCAAAGGCCAGAUUCAGGAAGCCAUUGCGCUAAUCAACAGCCUUCAUCCGGAAUUGUUGGACACAAACCGGUAUCUUUACUUCCAUUUGCAGCAACAGCAUUUAAUUGAGUUGAUUCGGCAGCGGGAGACGGAAGCCGCCCUUGAGUUUGCUCAGACGCAGCUAGCGGAACAGGGGGAGGAGAGCCGGGAAUGCCUGACGGAAAUGGAGCGCACGCUGGCUCUGCUGGCCUUUGAUAACCCCGAGGAGUCGCCUUUUGGAGAUUUGCUCAACAUGAUGCAGAGGCAGAAAGUGUGGAGCGAGGUGAACCAGGCUGUUCUAGACUACGAAAAUCGUGAAUCGACCCCCAAGCUGGCAAAAUUACUGAAGCUACUACUGUGGGCUCAGAACGAGCUGGACCAGAAGAAAGUAAAAUAUCCCAAAAUGACAGACCUCAGCAAGGGGACUAUUGAGGAACCCAAGUAAAAAUGUGUGCAGGUGGACACUAACCCCUCGGGACUGCACAGUUACAUACAUUUUUAAUCAGUCUGUGACUGAAAUAUUUUUACUACAGUUCAGGACUUUGCAAUUUGGUUGUGUGGGGAUAUUUUUUGUUUGUUUGUUUUUGUUAGCAAGCAUACUCGAAAGGGAGACAGGUCCCUUUUUAAAUGCAGCAAAUGAGCAUUGAAAAAGCAUUGUGUCGCUUUGACCAUCCGGCUUAGGCUGUGCGCUGUCUUUCAUUCUUAGCGAAAACAGAACAUGGCUGUCUCUUUUUAAAAAAAAUAUAUAUAUAUGCUGUGCUCAAGGUUUGUAAUGGCUGGCUGCCAAGCCCACUUUGGUGGCCGGCGAAUUAAUGUUGAAGCUUUAGGAAUCUCUCCAGUUAAAUUUAACCUUGUCUUUUGAACGGGCGACUCUUUCUCUGUGUUAAUUUAUAGCCAAACAAGCAUUCCCUAUUUAAAGACUAGCGAUCGGUCGAGUGAUCAUUUUGUAAGCCUCACGGCAAACGUUUGUUUUCUGCAUAGGAUGUAGCGUAGAAAGCUUGUAUGCUGUAAUUGAAGGUAACUUUCCCCUUGCUUUUCACACCGCGGUAACUUAUUUAUAUGGGGCUGAAUGUCACAGUGGGCCUAGUUCUCUCAAGUAUUACUGACAAAUAAAGGCUUUUUUUUUCUUUUGGUAAUUUUCCAGGUUGACCCAAAUAGGCUCUGAAACAAGACCUCAGAUUACUCUGGACUUGAGGAUUUUUAAAAUUGGUUUUAGUUUGGUUCCAUUUGGGUCCCAGUUGCAGUAAUUGUAUGGGUGAGGAUAGCUGCUGCAGCGUUAAAGGUGGGUUUGUGCGUUUGGAAGGAUAAGAUGUAAAUGGGUGAAGCUGUCUUGAGCUGUUGGAAACGUUCUCCACACAGAUCUUCUAGAAAAGCAUGACCUUUCUUUGGCUGUCGUGGGGAAUAACUUCUACUUCCCUGUGGGUUAAACAAAGCUUAGGUUGUACAGACCCCUUCCUUCCUGAAUUCCCAGGUUAUUCAGGAACGACGUGAUUGCUAUGCAGGGCUGACUUGCCUCAGCGCAAUCCCGAGUAUGAGGUGUGAGGCCGAAGUGGUGGAACGGACGCACACCGUGUCGCAUUAGAGGUGAAGGAUUUGGUUUUGGAAUGUUUGCUAGCUUUAAAAAAGAACGACGAUGCUCUGCCAAUAGAAAAAUCAACCCAACAACAAAAUGCGAGGGGGCAGAAACCUUUCUCCCUGCUGUGUUUUAUGUUUGCAGGGAGUGUUUUCUAUGCGAAAACUGCGAUCCGUUGUCUGCAGCGAAGCCACCCGUGCCAUCUCCAGUUGCUCCGUUCUGCCUCAUGCGUAAACCAGGCUUUAAUUCCAUUAAGCCCUCCCGUUUCAGGUUUUGCGCGGUGACGGCCUUGUGCCUGAAGCAUGCAUGACAGCCACCUUAAAAGUAUGAUUUACCGACCCGGCGGUAUUCAGUGUUAUUCCUUGCGACCUGCAAGACGGUGGUCCCAAAUGCCCAACUUUUGUUUUUGAAAGCUGUUAAGAUAACCGAUGAGGACAGCAGAAAAAGUCAAACAGUUCUGGGAUGUGCAUAAUCUUUGCUCCGUGUCCCCCACUCAUUCAAAUCUUGUUAAUUCCAAUGACAUAUUUAGAAGCAGCUUACCUGAAUUGUACACUCAAGGCAGUAAUUAUUUUAUAUACUGUGUGUAUAGAAAGCCCUGCAGAACUACUGCUAACUGCCCGGGUCUGAAUGAUAAACUUUGGACAUACUCAAACAGGAAUGGUUUUCAUGCAAACUUCAGGGAAACGGACACAGAUGGAAGGGGGUUCUUUAGAGAGGUUGGGUUUGUUCUGCCAGAUCCAUUCUGUUAGUGACCACGCUUUUCUCCAGUGACAAGGGCCUUCCCCCAGCAAGCUUUUUACCAUCUGGGGAAGGCUCCUUUGGCUAGAAGAAAACGUUGCUUCUUGUGAAGCGUCUGCAGAAAUCAAUCUAUGGUCAUAGGAGCACUGUAAAUACUUAUGUAGGCAGAAUGGUUUUGGGGGAAUCAGUUCUACGGGCAGUAGAAGUCCAACACUGUCUAGUUUGUAACUGGGUUUUCUUCCCCAUUCUUGGCUGCUGCAAACAGUCUGAAGCUUUUUUGAAAAAAAAAAGCAUGAUAGUUCAGUCUUUCAGCACAAAGCUGAACAGAACCUACGUUACAUUUUUCCUCGCUAGUACAAACUGUCCACUAGCUACUCCUUCAUAGGUUUCCUCUAUGUUCAGAGCACUAUGCUUAUUCCAUGAGCGCAUGGAGAACUGGAACUUUCACUAGCUUUGUUUAAUUCAUUAACUUCAAAACCAAAUAUGUGUGUGUGGGGAGGGGGGGUCCCCCUAAAGGGUUUAAACAUAACAUUAUUUUUAGGUGUAUUAUUUCAUUUGGGUUUUGUAAUGCCAUCACAUGCUAAAGCAGCUUUAACCUAUAGAGUUUUUUUGGGGGGGUAACAGAGAGAAAUAUUUAAAAUGGUAUGAAAGAAAGCUAUGCAUUUUACAGAAAGCUCAAGGGUGUAGUCUUGGCGGGUACCCUUAGGGAAUCUUUAUAUUCAUGUGUAUAUAAAAUAGUUUGCAUAUACGAAAUAUAAUAUAAUCAAUUUGAAUUAUUCUCAAAUGGGAGAGGCUGUGGAAAACGUAACUUAUGGGAAUACUGUACACAGAAAACACAGUCCUCAGUACAUAAACGAAUUUGUCAUAUGCAUGAGAAAUGUCAUAUUUGGUGGCUAUGGAUGAACGGUCUCAAUUUUGUUAGCUCCAUGAUGUUAGAUUACCACUCUUAACCUGCUUAGCAUUAAAUACCACUUUGAUCA